GAAGAAGAAGCAGCUUGUUGAUUUUCGGUGCCGCACGCGUUUCAGUAGAAAGUAAUUGAAAUACCUGUGCUCGUGCCCGGUUAUAUAUAUUUUGUAGUUCCCGAAACACUAGUGAAACCAAAUCCAAAAUUCGCGUGUGCCAUCCUCCUGCACAGGCGGUACCAAGUUGAAGUAUUUUCCUAACGCCCGCCCACCGAAAACCACAAGAUGCCUCAGUCGGGUCGCGACGGGGGCGCGUCGAAGGACUCCAAAUACGACCUGAGCAAGAUCUCAGCUCGCGUGGAUCGCGUGAAUGUCAGCGGAUUGCUGCGCACCCACAACGACUAUGUGAUGAGGGCCGCGGAUGGUCUGUUCAAGGCCAAUAACUUUCAGGAUCUGAUGCUGGAGGCCAUGUCCACCAAGUCGUAUCUACACGAACUGGGCAUCUUCAAGGAUGUGAGCGUGCACAUCGACAUUAGUCGAGGAUCAGAUGCGUCUCCCCAGGGUUACGAGGUGACCUUUAAGGGCAACGAGAUGUCGCGCAUGAUGGGAUCGGCAGGCACUGAGAUUGGCCAGAACGAAGGCUCCCUGAGAACUGAGCUGACUAUCCCCAAUAUCCUGGGCCGCGGCGAGAGCAUCUCGCUGCAGGGCAGCUACAGCAGCACCAGGGCCAACGAUCUGCAGCUGAAGUUCUGGAAACCCUUCUUUCACACCCGCUUCAGGGAAAAUAGACCUGAAUUGUCUUUCAGCAUUUUUAGGCAAACGGAUAAGUUUGACAUCAGCUCUUUUCAAACCACCAACCUGGGCUACUUGGUGGACUUAUCAGCGCACACCAUGGUGGGAGUGGAUUUGACCCACUCGCUGCAGUAUGAGAACUCCAUCAGAGAUCUGGGAUUGCUAAACAAAUCGGUGCCCUUUGCUAUCCGCGACCACUGCGGACCCAAGUUGGCCUCUUUGGUGCGUUAUUCCGUGGUCUAUGACAAUCGGGAUGGAAAUGUGUUCCCCACCCGUGGCAUUUACCUGAAAUCAGUAAACGAGUACUGCGGACUGGGCGGCAACAUCGCCUACACCAGCAGCACUGCCCACGGAGAGGUGAAUGUGCCGCUGUUUGCCGGUCUAGUGGCACAGUUUUGCGGUCGCGUUGGCGUCGUUAAGGAGACCAAAAACACCACCCAGCUGCCCAUCAACUCGCUGUUCUACUGCGGCGGUCCGCUGACCCUGAGAGGAUUCAAGUUUGGAGGAGCUGGCCCCGUGAUCGAUGGCACACCCAUCGGAGCACAGACUUUCUGGUGCACGGGCGCCCACCUUUGGGCACCGCUGCCAUUCGCCGGGGUCUUCAAGAACCUGGCCAGCCACUUUAGAAUGCACUUCUUCUACAACCUUGGCAACUCCAAUAGUUUCAGCACAGAGAACAUGCGUAGUGCCUUUGGCAUGGGCUUGGCAGUUAAACUGGCCGAAAGAGCCCGAAUUGAACUCAACUACUGUGUGCCAGUGAGGCGCCAGGCGACGGAUAAGAUUCUGAAUGGUUUCCAGUUUGGCAUUGGCUAUGAGUUUGUCUAGAUGUCGCGUCCCUUCGCCCCCAAUGACUGGAUGUAUCAGCAGCAAGAGCCAUGAGAGUCACAACAGCCCAGUAACAAAGAAAGUCUAAUCCACAACAUAUGGCUGCCCUGUCCUUAGUUUUCAGCGUUCACAGAUUCUGUUUCGUAUUCUUUGUCAAUGCAUUUGAUUUUCCUCUGAAAAUGUAUUCGUAGUCCAGCGAUCAUUUAAGUAGUUCCUAAGGCGUGUACAUACGUAAAGCGAAAGGUUAACAAAAAUACAAAAAUGUUAAACGAA